AUGGUCGCCAAAGAAUGUCAGUGCGCCUGGGAGACGUUUGUGGCCCAUUGGAAUGAUCAACUGAAACAAGUGGUGGACUUGAUUUGGCCCGUCAUCAUGAACAUGUUGUUGACCUUGUUCGGUUGGUGCAUCAUCUACGAGAUGAGGUCGGAUCAGACCGAAAUGACGGCGCUUUUUCAAAAUAGUGGCUCUGUGCUGUAUGAUGGAGUGGUAGGUUGGAUUUGGGGAGGUUUUUGAGGUGUUUGAAGGGUUGAUGCGGAAUGCCAAUUUUCGUGGCGAGACUUUUUUUGCGGGAUAGCGAAAUGAUUUGGAAAUCUGUACGGGUCCAAACUGAUAGUAGUCCGCCAAAACGCCUUAUAUUUGCAAUUUUGCCACUAAAAUCCGACUUUUGAAGUUUUCGUAGUGGGAUCAGAUGAGUCCCACAGCGAAAACUUGAAAUUUUGUAAAUCUCUCAUAGGCUGCUGAAAAUAAUAACCAAGCAAGUAGAAUUAUUUUGGAUACGUUUUUUCGCCAUUUUCCUUUUCCUAUCUGGGUCUCACCGCGAAAUUGGCAUUCUGCCCAAAUCCCUUAUUUCAGCUGAAAAGUAUUUUUAUUGCGCAAAAUGACUUGUUUUACUGAUUUUACUUCCACUUUCAGCUGAAUGGAAUGUUGUGCUUGGCUUCAGUGGCCGUUCUCAGCUUCAUCAUGGUCUUGUUGGCCGUGUUUCGGAUGAAGAAGUUCAUUCAAUUCUGGCUCACUGCUUCUUGUUUGAUGAUCACGUUUGGGGUUUCGUUCAGCUUUAUUUAGUAAGGGAAUUGCUUUUUUUAAUUUUAAUUUUCUUCAGCUCUACUAUUGAAAAAUCUGGAAUACAGUAUCCCUAUUUUUUGGCAGCAGUAAUUACUGUUAUUUACGGGACUGGCGGUUAUUUUGUAAGUUGAUUUGGGGCUUCGGUAGUUGAGCCCCCCACGAAAGGUAGUUCAAACCCCCACUGUUUUGCCCGUUUCACACCCCACAUAAUGAACAAAUUAGAAUAAUACAAAAAAUGUAAGUGGGGGUUUGAUCUACUACGUUGGGGGUUUGAUCUAAAACGUAGGGGGCUUUAUCUAAAACGGAGGGGGCUUGAUCUAAAACGUAGGGGGCUUGUGCUGGACCAUACAACUUGGAUUAAUUCUUUGAAAUAAAUUUUGGGGUUCAGAAUGGACGAGGGGGUUUGUACUGGGUCAUGGGGGGCUAAACUGGACUGGGGGGCUGUACUACCUUAGCCCCGUUGAUUUUUUAUUGAAACACUUUCCGAUAUUUUGAGACCUUUUGUUUGCAGAUUUGACGACUUUUAAUAUUUUUGACGAAAUGUCACAAAAAUUAUUGAUUUUUUAAAAUCUGAAUUUUUUUUUAAAUUUCGAUCAUGAUGACUUAAAAAUACUCUCUGUCGUUGUCUAGAAUUUUUUAUUUUGUCUAUUUCACCAUGUUUUAGGCAUUUUUUACCACCAAAUUGCCCAUCGCUUGUCAUCAAUUUUACGUCAUCUGUAAUUGCUCGCUGGUCUCGAUGUUCUACCUCCGUGUACUCCCUGGCCCCACAGCAUGGUUCCUACUCAGCAGUAUUAUCAUUUGGGGUAGGUUUGGCUUAAACGAAAUGUCAAAAUUUGAAAAAUCAAUAAUUUUGUGACAUUUCGUCAAAUUUUUUAUGGCUACUUUUUAUGAUUGAAAUUUCUUCCUGGAGGGUUUUCAAGUCAAAUUAAGUGUGUUUUAGAUAUUUUUGCUGUCCUCACUCCGCUUGGCCCACUCAAACAGAUCACCGGAUUUGCUCAUGAUUAUGGGGAAGAUGUCCUCCGGUUUUUGAUGUUUUCCACGGGAGAAGUUGAACCAGCAGUGAAUGAGAGGCAAACUGCUGGGGCUGAUAGUGAUGAGAGUAUGGGUUCUGAAAGUGAAGAGAAUUCUGAAGGUGAAUCCGAGGAAGUUAAGCCGAAAACGGGGAAGAAGACGGCAUUUGAUGCGCUGAAUGACUGUAAGUUUUGGUAUGAUGACUAAAAAUUUUUUUGAGGCCAUAAAUGGUUGUUUUAUAAUAUCUAACUUUGAAAAUUUGAAUAUUCAAAUUUCAAAAUUUUGGAAUUUUAAUAUUCAAAUUUUUGGUAUUUUAAAAUUUCAGGUUGGAGAUUUUAAUUUGCAAUUUUUAUAUUUAAAAAUCUCAAAUUUUCAUAUCUAAAAAUUUGCAUAUGUAAAUUUUCAUAUUAAAAAUUUGAAUAUGCAAUUUUUUUUCCGAAAUUUGGUUGCAAAAAUUUGAACUUCGAAAUUUUGAUUAUGCAUAUUUUCACAUCAAAAAAUUUGUAUAUGCAAAUUUUCAUAUCCAAAAACUUAAAUAUGCAAAUAUUAAUCCCCAAAUUUCCAGCCUCUGCCCGCCUCGGAAUGGGCGACUUUGUCUUCUACAGCCUUCUCGUGGGCCAAGCCGCUUCAUCCGGAAGUGUUUUGGCCACAAUCGCACCAAUGAUCGGAAUAAUAAUUGGCCUCACGAUCACGUUGACUCUACUCACCGAUGGCGACGAGGCCACUCCAGCUUUGCCGGUCUCGGUCUUUUUCGGGAUCAUUCUUCAUUUCGGAACCCUCCACUUGGCCGAGCCUAUGUUGAAUCAAGCUUUUAUGAUCUGA